CCCAUUCGUUGCUAACAUCCGAGACCAACAAUGGGUUCUAUAGAGACUCCAGCAAAUCCGGAAAACGGAUCUGCAACUUCGGCCCCUGCCGACGGCGACCGAAAGCCUCAAUCUGCCGUUGAAGGAAUGCCUCCUCUGGCUGCCGAAAUGAUUCUAACGGAAUCUGACUCGUUGAAGAAGCGGAAGGCGAGUAUGUUACCACUGGAGGUAGGUACUCGGGUGAUGUGCCGUUGGAGGGACGGCAAGUACCACCAGGUAAAGGUCAUCGAGCGCCGCAAGAUGCAGUGCGGUGGACCCAAUGAUUACGAGUAUUACGUCCAUUACACCGAGUUUAAUAGGAGGCUUGACGAAUGGGUGAAGCUUGAACAACUAGAUCUUGAUUCAGUGGAGACUGUUGUUGAUGAGAAGGUGGAAGAUAAGGUAACAAGCUUGAAAAUGACACGCCACCAGAAACGUAAGAUUGAUGAGACACAUGUGGAGGGCCAUGAGGAGCUUGAUGCAGCUAGCUUACGUGAACACGAGGAAUUCACCAAAGUGAAAAAUAUAGCCACUAUUGAACUUGGAAGAUAUGAGAUCGAGACAUGGUACUUCUCCCCCUUUCCACCAGAAUACAAUGAUUCUGUGAAGCUGUACUUUUGUGAGUUUUGCCUCAAUUUCAUGAAGCGCAAAGAACAGCUUCAAAGGCAUAUGAGGAAGUGUGAUCUCAAGCAUCCUCCUGGUGAUGAGAUUUACCGAAGCGGUACAUUGUCAAUGUUUGAGGUUGAUGGCAAAAAGAACAAAGUUUAUGGGCAAAACCUUUGUUAUCUGGCAAAGCUGUUUCUUGAUCAUAAGACUCUUUAUUAUGAUGUUGACCUGUUUCUAUUCUAUGUUUUGUGUGAAUGUGAUGAUCGAGGAUGUCACAUGGUUGGAUAUUUUUCCAAGGAAAAGCAUUCGGAGGAAUCCUAUAAUUUAGCAUGUAUUCUUACUCUUCCUCCUUACCAAAGGAAAGGCUAUGGAAAAUUUUUAAUUGCCUUCUCGUAUGAACUUUCAAAGAAAGAGGGUAAAGUUGGUACACCUGAAAGACCACUAUCUGACCUAGGGUUGUUGAGCUACAGAGGAUACUGGACCAGAGUUCUUUUGGACAUCUUGAAAAAGCACAAGGGCAAUAUUUCUAUCAAGGAGCUAAGUGACAUGACAGCCAUCAAGGCAGAGGAUAUUUUAACCACCCUUCAGAGCCUAGAAUUGAUUCAAUACAGGAAAGGGCAGCAUGUGAUUUGUGCAGAUCCUAAAGUGUUGGACCGUCAUCUAAAAGCUGCUGGUCGCGGUGGUCUUGAGGUCGAUGUUAGUAAAUUGAUCUGGACUCCUUAUAAAGAACAGGGUUGAUUAUGAUCUAGUAAUUGCUGUGUAGUUUGACUUGUACCUUUGCCUGUAUAAAUUUAUCUUUUAGUAGCAUGAAAUUAGGUGAAUAUUAGAGCGAUGGCUUCAUAGGGACAUGAUCUCAGUCACAGCCUGUUUCUUACCUAUCACAAGUAAUAAUAUGUUCCGUAAAUUUGAUCUUUUGGUGUAUCAAAUCAUAUUACUCAUUCAAUCUUCUUGGUUCCCAAGAUUCUCGGUUC